GGACUUCCGAUAUGAUUUAGCUACACAGCUGGGAACCUAGCAAUGUAAACACUAGCGUAUAGCUGCAGUCAGUCAGAAACUGUACUUUCAUGUUGGUUGCGUGUAAACGUUUGAAAGCUACACGUACAUUUAGGUUAAAGGUUAGCAAAAUAUGCGCGAUACAAUGUACAAUAUAUUCGAAUAGUUUUACAAUAACAUGUCGCUGUCUAGGCAAGUAGCAAGCUCGACUUUAACUGUUGUGUUGACUAGCUAGCUAGCUAACGUUUGCUAUCAUACCCCAGUGCACGUAAGCCUGUGACUUAACAAUAUUUAGAAUUUAAUAUCGAUUUACUUUAACGAGCUAGUCAACUCGCUGAACAAACUCAAGUUUACUACCUGAGCCGUUGCUACAGGGAUCAGGUUAGCCAGUUAAUUGAAAAUGUACUGUACAAGUUAUGCUAUACGGUAUUGCUAGCUAACUACUGACAGUGUUUUGUUUGGGUAUUGUACAUUCAGCAACCGCAUGCUAGGACUGGUAUUUACUCUACAUUUUGAUAUGCACGUGAGUUUAUUUAAUCUGGCUACAUUUAGAAAAAUAAAAAUUAGAUUGGAUUAAAGGGACAUGGAAAUAACUGAUAUCUGGUUUCAGUUUUCCAACCUAGACCUUUGCAAGAUUCUUUGUUUUCAAGUCAGUUUAAGGUAAUUUUCUUCUUAUACUGCAGUACUAGCAAGUAUGGGCUCGACAGAUUUAAUUUUAGAGGGCGAAGUGGAGAGGAUUUUAAACGGGGAUGGACUAGAGGUGAACGAACUAGAUUCUGCUCCCGAACAGGUCAAACCUGUAGUCUUGAGGAAAACGGUUUGCUACAUUGUGUGCGCCGUCAUCAUCAAUGCAAAGAAUGAAGUGCUGAUGAUGCAGGAGGCCAAGCCAGAGUGCUACAGACGCUGGUACCUCCCAGCAGGCCGCAUGGAGGAGACGGAGAGCAUCGUGGAGGGCAUGAGGAGGGAGGUGAAAGAGGAGACCGGACUGGACUGCCAGCCCAUCACGCUGCUCCUGGUACAGGAGCAGGGGCUGCAGUGGAUCAGAUUUGUUUUCCUGGCUGAAGUCACAGGGGGCUCCAUAAAGACGGAAGCGGAGGCCGAUGCGGAGUCCCUGCAGGCCCAGUGGUGGGACCGAGAGUCCCCCCUCCCGUUGAGGAACCGGGACAUCCUGUGCCUUAUCGAGGCGGGGCUGAAGUACAGGGAGAAGCCCUGGUUCCCGCGGGUGCUGCCCGUGGAGAUGCCCUGCCCCCUGGUUUGCCAGCGGCUGCUCCUGACCUUCGCCGGCCCCGGCGGAGACCUGUGGGUGCUGCUGGGAGGCUCGGAGGAGCCGCGCCUGCCGGUCGCCGUGUGCGACGGGGCCCGCUCCGUCGCCUGGGCCGGCCUCAGGCUGGUGAGGGAGUGCAUGCCGUCCUCCCACCGCCGGCUCGCCGUCACGCCCCGGGGCAUCCUGGGACUGCAGCACGGCGGGAGGGUCCCGGGGAAGGCGGACGGGGUGUGCUUCAACGCGCUGCUGUCCGUGGAGCACGCGGGGGACGGGGGGCCGGAGGCCGGCCAGCCCCCGCCGCUGGAGAGCCCCGCCUUCCGGUGGCACAGAGUGGAGAGCCCGCAGUUAAGGGACAGGAUCCGGGAGAGACUGGCCUCGGGGUCCCUGCUGCCAGUACACAGCCUCUAUGGCUGAUAGGGAAACCAAACACCAGAUGACUUCAGAGUCUGAGACUGCAGGGUACUGCAGUCCAGACCACUCCCUCAUCCCGCACUCCUCUCUCUGAUCACUGCAGGUGACAGUGUGAUGUGGGAUCACUACAGGCUAGUGACUGGGGGCAGGGGGAGCAACAAAAGGCACUUAUGCACAUGUGCAUUUAAGAAUCAUUAAUCAGCAUACCAUGUGGUUAGUUCAGACAAUAUAUAACACACAGUAUUCUAGUGGCAUGAAAGCAAUAGUUCCAAAAAAAAAGUGCUUCAUUUGAAACGCACGGUAUAUGCAAGAAAAAUUGAAAAAUACCCUUUCCUUUUGAAAAAGGUUAUGAAUAUAUGAUAAGAGCUUAUAUAUGCUGAAAUAUAGUUACAUAUCUAGUCAUUACUAGCAUAUUUUCCAAGAACAGCCAUGAAUAGAAAAUAAAUACCCACUUCUACCGUGUAUAGGUUCUAUUCUGAAGAUAGAAUCAAGUGAAUGAGACAGUUGUGUGGAAUGCAAUCUGUGAGUGAACAUAAACGGGUGGGCAGCCUUAAUUUCUAAUCUUAUUACCACACUUAUAUUUAUUUAUCAAUGAAUGUGAAAGAUCAUGUGCUUAUCUCAAAAGUGAAACCAAACCUCUGGGUAAAAUAUUUUUAGUUUGAUGGGAUAAAAGUUGAAAGGUUGAUGAAAUUUAAUAAAGGUAUCCAAAGAGCUUA